CGUCAUUAGCCCGCGCCGAUGUAAACAAUCCGAGACGCUUACAGUAUGGCGGCGGAAAAUGCGGUUCCCAAGCCAGCGCGACCGAAAAAGGAGCCGCAGCCCCUCAUCAUCCCGAAAAAUGCCACGGACGAGCAGAGGCUGAAGCUGGAGCGGCUGAUGAGGAACCCUGUAAGAGUGUAGUGUUUGGGUGAUGGGAGGGUUAAGCCAUGCAGUGACCGAGGGUCAGAUUGAAUGAAUUGAGAUAUAGGAGAAGGUUGCAAAAUACUGUGAAAUCUGUUAGAAUUCAGUUAUAUUUAAUAUCUGACCGCUUGGCAUUUGUGAACUAUGUUCCAUACAAAACCCAGCCCUCCUGGCCGAAUAUCAUGUCAAGUGUAGUCCACAGCAGCAGGAGUGCAAAACAGAAGUAGGUGCUUUAAGUUUUCCAAUCUAUAUAAAUACAGGGGGAGAGGGGGAUUGGUGAUCUGUAAAUACAGGAUUUAUUUCCAGUGGUAGAUUUUAACAAUAUGUAUUGUUUUGGAAUACCGUUCAUAUACCCUGUGAGUAUUUAAAGGGCCACUAUAGUGCCAGGAAAACAAACUUGUUUUCUUGGGUCUGUAGGUUCUUUGCUUUCCUAUGCGGAAGUGCCUCUAGCGGCUGUCAAUGAGACAGCCACUAGAGGCUGGAUUAACCCUAUUGUAAACAUAGAAAUUUCUCUGCUAUGUUUACAGCUGCAAAGUUAACACAAGGGGGCCUGGCACUCAGACCACUUCAUUGAGCUGAAGUGGUCUGGGUGCCUAUAGUAGUACUUUAAGCACAGUAAUGCUUAAAGGGGAUGCUAGUCUUCAACAUGUGUUCUAAAUUUUUCAGUUUUUUUUUUUUCUCUAUAAAUUGAUAGUUUAGUAUUGGUUUUAUAAUUACAAUUUGGCAUGGUUUUGUCAAGCUUGUAUACUAUUUUUAUGUUAUUAUAUUUGCCCAAUUUUUAGAUCUUGGGCUUGCUUCUACAAUAUUUCUGAUUUUAAUCCCACUUCUAAAACUGCAUUGUGUUUAAUGAGCCCCCUCCGUUGGCAGCAUCGGGAAUAGUUCUUGUUUUAGGACUGAAACAAAUUGAGAAUGUUAGUGUGGCAUAAUAUUGUCUUCUCUCACUACAGGAUAAACCUGCAACAAUCCCAGAGAGACUGAAAGAAUGGUCUCCAAGAUCUGCUCCAGAAUUUGUCAGAGAUGUUAUGGGUAAAUAUUCUUAUGUUUUGAGACAAAUUAUUAUGGUAUUUCUGACUAAUUAUAACUUUUCCAUAAUAUUUCUGUUGCAUUACUUUUAUGUGAAGCAUCCCUAUAUUAAUAUCUGCAGAUAUUGUUUAUUUUUGCCCCAGGUAUUCUGUUUUCUAGUGGGGUUUUCUAAGCCACCUUUUAUCUUGGCAUAGAAAACAAAGCAUGAUAAGCAUAGAUUAUUAAUUUUUGCAGUAUUCUCAUUUAAUAAUAAUCAUGCUAGAAUAAAAACGUUUGGAAUACCCAAGCAAAUGCAACACUUUUAUUUUUAAAACAGUAAAACUGAUUUUGAGCCUUUUCCAUGAUGCUUUUGAGAUAAUUUUUUACACCCCCCCAUUGCAUUUUGUCAUGUAUUAAUACUAGCGUAUCACUGCAUCUUAAAGAAAUAUUACAUGUGUUUGGACAACUUUAAAAGGACACACUAAGCACCAAUAUCACCACAUCUUUAUGUAGUGGUUUUAUUGCAUAGAUGCUGUCUUGUUUUUCAGACAAUGGAAAAGUUAACAAUUAGCAUUGUAACAUUUCUGAGAAACGACAAAGUUUACAUUUGUCCGAGAGCACACCUCUAUGGCUGCCAGGCUGACCUCUUCUAGAAGCACUUCCAUCUUAAAAUAACAAUUACUUGAAAAAUAAUUUACAGUACUGUCCCUCAGAAGCUGCUGUGAUUCCAUUAGUCAUACAUAAGCAGUGGGGACUUCUUAUGUAUGACUUUAAUGGAAUCGCAGCAGCUUCUAGGGCAUAUAUGCAGCAAUCACCAUGCUUCACCAAUCAAAUGCUUUUCAUACAGAACCACUGAAUCCAGUGCUUCUCUGUGCAGCAUUUAUGGACAUCAUCAUUUUAGGUUAGAUGACACUGAAUGUGAAGAUCUUUUAUUUUAGAAAGUCUUCAUGAGAGAGAGCCUUAGUGGCUGUCUGUCUUAAAGACAUGAGAGGCGUGGUUUUAUUUGAUGCUUGGUGUCCCUUUUAAGACCUUUGAAAAUAAUUGGUCUUCACAUACAGGUUCAUCACUCAAUAUGUGAUAACAGAAUGCUAUGCUGCUAUAGUCUAGUGAAGGAUUGGAUUUGGUGCUUCUAUGAGAAGCUUCAAAUUGGCAGAGUGGGGUAUUUGUUGUACAUAAACUAUAAAUAUAAGUUGAACUAUGCAUUUAAAAAUCACACUAAAUAAGAUGAUUGUAACAUUCUACAGUAGUACAUAUAGCACAGAGCUCCUUAUACUUUAUGUAUUCAAUGCUAGUGUUUGAGCUCUUCACUUUGUUGGUUGCUAGUAUUUUUAACAUGUAACUAUUUUAGAAACAUUUAUUUACUUGUAUUACACUUUACCGCAAUUAUUUGUACUGUUCAAUGUGUCCUUAAUGCUUCUUUAUAUUAAUGAUUGGAGAGAGAUCAGCAGUUGGGAUGAUCUCAUCAAGGGAGCCACUGCAGUGUAGAGGAGCAUGUCCUGGUGCUGGGUUACAGGCUUAAUUGCUGUUGUUUGGUUUUGUUUGUUUUUGGGGGGGGGGGUUUACAUUUAAAUUUUAGGGUUUCUUUAUCUAAAAUAAAUAAAAAAGGAAAUGUAUUUAUAUUUAAUGUUUGUGUUCAUGUAAAUGGUUAUUAAGCACUAAAUUAAGAGCAUUGAUAUUAUAAUGGGCAUGCUAAGUUUUGCCCAAGUACUGGAAACAAAUCUUGUAGUUAAAAUAUACACAUACUAGCGUCUCUUUCUGAAUCUUUGUCGCAAGAUUUCAGGCUACUGAAAGCUGUAAAAAUAAGUCUCCUCAUGCAGCACUGUUAUGUUGUGGAGAUAGUGAUCAACAUUGAACUGCAAAUACCAGACAUCUAAGUCUACCAACUUUGUUACAGUGUGUAUACAAAUAUCACAUCACAUUAACAUGUCUACAAAUCUCAGUGCAAGGUGUUCUGGAAAAAAUUGUUUUCUUCUGUUGAUAUUUUCAGGUUCCAGUGCAGGGGCAGGAAGUGGCGAGUUUCAUGUGUAUCGGCACCUUCGUCGAAGGGAGUACCAGAGACAGGAAUUUAUGGAUUCUAUGUCUGAUAAGGUUAAUUGUUUCUUCUGUCUUUCUUCAAUUUACUGUCGAAAUGUUGCAUGCUUAUUUAAUACUGAAUUUUAAAUACUAGUCUGUAUAUCUCACCUAGUGAGCAACUAGUUGUUCACCAAAAGGUUGUUCACCUAGUGAGCAACUAGGUGAGAUAUACAUACUAAAUUCCCAGCCAGUUUUCUGGUGACUCCCAGAAUCUCACUCUGUGGGGAGUCACCUUAUGGCAUGAUAAUAGCAUUGUAUUGCCAGCAUCCUUUUUGCCGCAUAGAUUUUACAUUUAGUACUAUAUGGUGUAGUGAGUUUGCAGCUUAACAACUAGAAUCUUUUCCGAUAUUAAUUCCACCUCCUUUCUAUAUACCCUGUCAGACCUCAAGUACAUCUUGAGAACUGACCACGGAAGGCCGUGUAUUGUAAGCUCUUUAGCUGGUACAUUAUUUUCACAGCCUUAGUAUUUGGCGGCUACAUAGGUUAAUAAUCUGAAUUGACAGUUUUGAGUAUACUGUUGUAUAAAAUCCUUUUUAUGCACUGUUGAUACACCGUUGCCAAAUAUCAUCUGACUCUCAUGUAACUUAUUUACAGUUACACUAUACAAACCAUCCUUUUGAUACAUUGCUGCAUCCGCUAUCACUGUGCAAGGAUUUACCCUUUUUAGGUAAUCCCUAUCUAUGUAUGUAGGUUUCUUUAUCUCCCCCCCGCCCCUUUUUUUUUUUAUUUUGGAUAAUAAAGUAUAACAAAAUCUUUUAACUGCUCUCUCUUAUAUCUACAUUUUUUUUAUUUACAUUGUGUAGGACAGAUUUUCCUUUUCUUUCCUAGUCUGUGAACAUUUCCACCAGACCUUUACAAUGUACUAUUAUACAGUUUUGCACUUAAUUAAAAAAAAAAUAAAAAAAAAAAAAAAUAUAUAUUUAUGCGUGUGUGUAUAUAUUGCAUGCUGUAAGGCAAUAUUGAAUAUACUAAUUCAUACAAUGUUUUUAUUUUUUAAUGUAAUCCAUAUACUACUGUAUUACAGCAAAAGCUAGAUGAAGAUUUUCAAAGAAAAUUAUUGCAGAACAAAAUCUUGCAAGAAGAGAAAACGGCAAAGCGCAGAUUAAAACGGUAUCUGUCUUCUCUUUUUUUCUUUUUUUUUUUUUGGUGAACAACUGAAGCUCAUUUUCCUGUGGGGCAUUACAACAUGAUAUUAAUAUCAACAUAAAUAAAGAGGCGGCUAUUGCCCAGAGCACCUGCCUUGCAAAGACUUCUCAUUGAGCUACGUUGGGAAGUUUGUAAUUGGUCAGUUAAAGAAAGUCUUGGCUUAGAGAUGAGGGACUGCAAAAGCUUCAGACAAGAGAUCUGCAGCUAUGGCAAGCUGUUCUUAGAUAUAACCCCAAUGGAAAAAAUCACCAUUAAAUGCGUGCAUGUUUUCACUGAGGGCAUAUCUACUAAACAGUGUUUUUUAUUAUUUAUUUUGUAUUUAGCAGUGGUGUGUCCCUUUAAGUAAUUAUCUCUCUUCUCCUCUCCAUUCAAGCACCCCCAUUCACAACUGUAUUAUUACAUGCAUUUGUCUAUCACUCCACCCAUCUAUCCUACCUUUGAUGUUGUUGGUGUCUAGCAUGGUUGUUCUCUGCUAGGCUGUUGCUUCUCUACAGCCUCAACACUCCAAUAGAUUUAGCGCAGGGAAAUAUUGUGCAUCGUAUUUCUCCUCCUCCACCCAGUCAGAAACUGAAGCUUGAGAGUAGAGGAUACAUGCUGCUUAUUCUGUACAAUAGCUUGGCCAUACUACAGUAAGGAGCUUUCACCUCUUCAACCAAUUUUAUGAUUGUCCAAACCAUGUGCAGGCCCCAAAGAGCCACAGUCCAUCAGUGCUUUGCUCUUGCUCACUUUUUUACUAUUCUUUUAUACAUAAUUUUAAAUUCUAUUGCGUCAUUGUCCAUGUUUAUUGUAUUGUCAUAGGCAAAAGUUGAAGGAGAAGAUGAUGGCAAAAAAGGCAAAAAAAGAUGAAAAAGGUUUGGAUUUUUUUAAAAUUCUAUAUGACAAAAUGUACAAGUAUUCUAUUGUAUGUAUUUUGUUGUCCUGUGUAGAAAACCAAUGUCAAUCUCAAUGUGUAAGCUGGUGAUUUAGUAUGCUACGUGCUGCCUUCUUCACAAUCUUAAACAUUUUGAGUGAGUUCUGAUCCUGGAUGAUGAUGAUUAUUAUUUAUUAUUUUUUAUUUUUUUUCUUCUGACUAAAAACAGAAGCUGCCCAUAAUCCUACACGGACUGAUUUGGUUAAUUCAUCAGUAUUCUCGAUUGAAUUGUGAAUAUAUAAUAAAUAACACACUGCUUUGAAGAAAAUAUGGAUAAAAUAGACUAUUUCACUGAAAUAAUUUUUAGAAACCUUUAAAGGAACGUUCGAAUGAUAAUAAAUAAAUUAGAAUAAAAAAAAAAAAAAAAUUAUUAUUUUAGAUUUAUUUCAUUUAUUUAAAAAAAUAAAUAAAAUUUCAACUUGAUUGUAUUCCUGCUCCAAGACAUACUCAUCAUUGCAGCCCAUUCCACCUACUGUGAAGUUGCUAAACUCUGAGGACUUCUGUCCUGUUUCUAACAAAGAAUCAUUGUGAAUAUAUACAGCAUACAUAGCUGCAUUAUAGGCUGACUCUGGAUGUGAAAUAGAUUCCGUUAUUGAAUGGAUAUUAAUAUGAGGCCCCUAGUGGCUGUCUGAAUGACAGCCAAUAAAAGGUGUGGUGAUUGCAAAAAGAACAGUUCUAAUGGGCAUCAUGUAUGCCACAAACUCACUUUAUUAAAAUGAAGUAAUUUGUUUUUAAACUUUCCCUUUUACCAAAAAUGUUUUAUAAAACAUCAUAAUGGAAAUAUGUCAUGCAACAUAUUCAUGUUUUACAAUAUGGGGCUAAUGAGCAUGAUUUAAAUUUUGAUUCAUCCACACUUUGUGCACAUGGGAUAUAUUUUGUUAAGACGUAUAAAAUAAACAGUCCUGUCAAUGUUAAACUUGAUAAGGGCUCUAGUGCAGUGAUAGAUAUAUAUUUAUACAUACAUACACACACUGCAUAAAGGAACACUCAAUUAAAAAAAAAAUAAAAAAAAAAAUUUAGUAGAUGUAGCCCCAUGGCACACUUACCGGGGCUGAAUUUUUACUCUCCAAUAGCUAGUGCAUGUAAUUCGUUUAACAUGGUUUUUAUUGAGGAUAUAUGCAAUCUUGGCUUGCAAUAGCUGCAUAUCUAAUACCUGCAGCUACUGCAAGACCUUCUCUUUUUACUGAGCACAAUCACAGACUUCUUAGUAAAAUGUAGUGCACCUCAUUUUCAAAUCUUUGGAAGGCAUAUGCUCUGAACAAUUUACAAAAACACAGUAAGGACCACUUAGAUAGAAGGGGACAGGAAGGAAAGAAAUUGUAUUGAAAUUAAAACAGUGUUAAAAAGUACUCUAAAUACAGUAACAAAUGUGGCUACUAAGAGCCAUGUAGGGAUGCUAGAUUGUAAACCCCUGUUAAAGUUUGGAAGAAAACUACAGACCACCAGGGUCAAACAAGUCCACAGUUAUCGCAUGCAAAUCGGCGUAAGAAGAGCCUAACCUAAGCUCUCAUACGGUCCCUAGUAACUCAUUAUCGUAGCUCAACUACUCGUGCCUAUCUAAACCACCAGCUCUAAGACUGAAAGUAUAUACGUAAUUGAAAAAGGGAAAAAAAAAAAUGCUACCCAUAGUGUGCUACCAAAAAAGUGACAGGGAGCAAGGAGACCCGACGUGUGUUUUGGUUAUUCCCUGUUUGAGGGAGUACAGCAAAAAGUGAACUGGCGGCAGCUUCCCCAUUAUACUCUUUAACUCUACUACUUAGGUGCUUUGAGCAAUUGCUUGCUUCUUGGGUUUAGCUAAACUAACAGGAAGUAUCAUGAUUGAUUGGUUGUCUGAUUUAUUUAUUUUAACAGUUUUCUCUGUGUGUAACUGCCACUCAGGGUUGAAAAUUGUUGACAUAAUUCUAAGGUUGAUACACCCACACUCAAAAAUGGACAGAACUUUAAGUGGUAAUAGCUGUUAGUCUCACCUAAAAAAUAUUGUUUUGAAUUGAUCUUAUGUAAGGCAAAUUUAGUGACCGUGUCGCCUUAAAAUGCAAUCUGAUAUGCUUCUAACUCUACUUUGCAAGACUUUUGUAUUGGUAUGUAAAUUGACUGCAUGCAACCACUUAUUUUUAUUUUUUUCCCCUAUAUCCAUUUUAGAUACUAACAAGGAUGCUGACAACUCUCCAGAGCCAAGUGAUGAUGACAAAUCGGAAGAGGAAGAUAAAAGUUAAAAGGCCACCGUUGCCUACUGACAGAGAUGAUCUGAAUUGGUGGGAUUUACAGAGAAACAGAUCUAGCUAUGAACCAUAAAACAGAGCUCUGUUAAUAGCAGUUAUUCCUUGUUCUCCACAGUGUCCUUCUCCGCUUUAAGACAAUAGAUUAAAUAAUUUGACUGACCAGAAGUUUGUACAUUUAAAAAAUAUAAUUUGUUUCCCCUAUACAAAUAUGAUUUAACCACUCUAUAGUUCAGAAAAUGUAGCUGGGAUAAUAAGAAUUGUCCUGAAGGUUCAACUGUGUGCUGCUUCAUUCAAGAAGCUUUUUAGAAAGAUUUUUAUUUUUAUUUUUUCUUCUUAUGUUAGAGGGGGAAUAAUGAGUUUGUAAAACAAAACAUGUUGGAUGACAACUCAAUAAAGUUACAGUUUAUUUUUAAUCUGUUUAACUUGGGAUGGCUCAAGAUAUAUAGCUAUAUCCACCUAAUAUACACUGUUUUUAUAUCACAUACGGUUAAAAAAAUGUAUUUGAAUGUUAUUGUACAUUCAUCUUCUGCCUUUAUUUACUGUAAAAAUCCAAAGAGUUGUUUUAGGCCUUAAAGUGUCACGGUCACCAUUACGUGCGCAAGAGUACAGCAUUGAGGUCCUACUGGGAAUCCCUGCAAGACCCUCCAUAGAUGCAGCCGUCACUGGUGAUGGCUGCAGGGAUUGGCACAUAGGCUCCGUCUUGUGUCAAGUAAAGUCAAGCGGAGAAAAAUACAGAGACAAAGUAGUCACUACUUUGUGUCUCUUUCUCAUUGGAAUUUCAGUGAGUCUUAAUGAGUAUUUCAUAUAAGAUAAGGCCAGGAACUAAUGAAAGUAUUUAGAAAAUUGGGAAGAGUAGAUGGGUCAAAUGGCUCUUAUCUGCCGUCACAUUUUAUGUCUAUAUUCUGUCACAAAGAUUUUACAGUGCCGCUUUAACAUUUAAAGUCCAGUGCUAGUAGCCAGGUCUUAAAAAAUUGCUGCUUACACCUGGGGAGUCCAUGGCACACUUACCGGGGCUGAAUUUUUACUCUCCAAUAGCUAGUGCCAGGUGUAAAUUUUGACCCCUAAUGUUUUAAUACACUUUCUUGUAGUCUUCAGCCUAUUAAUUUACAAUUGUAAUUUAUAUCAUGGACAGUGAUUAGAAAAUGAUAAACGGUGCACUAUGCAGACAGGUUCCAGUGAUGGCAUAGUCUGCCAACUAGAGUAGGGUUGAAUAAAGAUGAAAGGUAGAAUAUAACAGGAAAAUAAAUCACAUGCUUUUCUGAUGAGUUGGGGUUUUAAGGCAUUUGUGAAAAAUGAAAAGUAGGUUAAAGCAAGACCGCAGCUGUGGAGUAAUCUUGAAAACUGAUGUUGGGUUUGUGGUGCAAACCAAGAGAAGUUGUAAGUCAUCGGCAAAGUGGUCUGGAUGGAAAGAGAGAAUAUGUAGGUUGAAGCACUGUUAAAUGCUUUAUAGGCAAGUCCUACGGUGUUGAAUCGAAACUUAUAUGCCAGGGGUGCCCAAAAGGUAGAUCCCCCAGAUUAUAUGCAGUAUUACCACCCUUUUAAUUAAAGGGACUGUUUCGUUCCCUUGAGGCACUAUAAGAACUUCAUCUAGAUGUAGUUAUGAUGCCAGGAGUCAUCCGGGCACACACUUACCUUCAGGGUUUAAAUGUGUUUCAUGAAUCUGAAAAUCAGGAAGUAGCGGUGUGGGGAGCUGUGCUCGACACUGGAUUCAACUUAAGGGUUUAACCCCUAAAGGUGUGUGCCUGGGGGUCUCCUGGCACCAUAACAACUUCAGUUAGAUGAAAUGGCAACAAUAUAGCACAAAAGUACACGCAAGAGUGUCAUACAGAAACACAGCACAGAGAAGUCAGG